AUGGCAAGAAUUAAAGCGACUAAGUCAUUACUUGUUCUCGGCGUUAUUGUAGUAGGCAUUUCUGGAUACGUGUUAAUAUCAUCGAGGAAUCAUAGAGUUCACAGCAAGCUGAACAGAGACGAAUUCUCUAUUCUAGAAUCGAUUAAUGCAAUGAACACACUGUCUGAGAAAACCAUUACCGCCAACAUUAUGAAUGUGACAUCAAUACACAAAGUGCGAUGUGACGUGCCAGCUGUAUUGACGAAACUAAAUAUUUCAAGAAAUUCAACCAAUCACAUCAGGGACAAAAUCAACAACUUAGUGUUAACGAAGUCCAAUGUGAAAAUGGGAAUGGCAAUUCAUUUGAAUGACCAGCGGGUAUACAGAAUAUCAUCGGAAUUUUACAGCAUAUUGCCCGGGAAAGGAUUUAUUUCAGCCUCUAGAAAUAGAUCGUGCAUUAUCACAAGUAACGAUGUAUAUGACAUGAAAUGUACAACAGUUCCUUUUUUGUAUUACAUGACAUGCGGACUGGGUCCUUCUGUGUGGGAUUACAGCACUCGUCCUGAGGAUCAUGUUGUACAGAUAACGCUGGGAGAUUUAGAAAAUUUUCAAUUUUUAAAAAGUGUGAGUGGGCGUUAUCACUUUCUUCAAACACUGGACGACCUUGGUAUAUCUAUUUUACUGUUACCGCUCUAUGAAAUUACAAAUGAGGAAAAUAAUAUACUGAUUCUCGAUAACGUUGUUAGGUUUUUUGUCAAUAAUCGACGAAAACUUUCCACUAAGCUGUACAUUACGACUACUCAAGAUCAGCUGUCAAGCAGGCAAGUCAUUCCACGCUACUAA